AGUAAUUACAUUAUCAUUGUUUAUAAUUUAUUCAUGAUAAAAAAAGUAAACAAACAUAAUUGCACUUCGUAACCAUAAUUCUUAAGUUUUAUUUCCUACACUCAUUUAUAACCCUAUUUUGAAAGGUAAUAAGUAGUUGAUAUUACUUAAGCUCACUUUAAACUUGUUCAUAAGUUGUCUAUCAAUGAUAGUUACAUUAUGAAUUUUCUUGAAGUUAAUAAAUAACUUUAUAAUUGUGUUUUUUCUAGAGGAAAUAUUAACCAACCAACUAUAUCCAUUCUCUUUUUCAUCUAGAACUUAUAUGUGAAAGAGAUUUAGAUUAGAGUGUAAUAGUUAUGGAUGAAGAGUUUUGCAAGAUGAUGGAUCGAUUGAUGUUAAACAUUAACAUCGUUGGAUACUGGCUCAGUGGUCUAUUGGGUAAGUGUUGACGUAUGAGACCGAAGGUCUUGAAUUCUAGCCUCUCAUGUGGGAUGGUAGAUGCGAAUUACUGAGGAGUCUCGUACUAGGACGAAACGAUCGUUCAAUACUUUAAAGUUUUGAAUGGUAGUUUAGGUUAGAUUAACUCGUGAAUUCAACGGUUAAAAUUACUUAUAUCAAUUGAUUAUUGAGUAAACGCAUGAAAGUAUGUUUUUUGCUUAUCAAUAUCUUACCUAUAUAGAAAAGAUUUCAUCACGCAAAUCAUGAUAUAUAUGUAUAUAUGUUUAUUUAUUAGCCCUAUCUCUCUUUAUCUCUACUACUAGGUUAUAAAUAAAAAGUGUGAACAGGCAUAUUGUUGACUUUCUUAUCAAUAAAUUAUCUAGAAAACAAAACAUGAAAGUAAGUGGACGGAACAACAGACAGUUGAGUCUUUUCGUAUAUAUAUAUGCAAUAAAAGUAAAGCCACGUAUAUUAUCAUUAUAUUAGAUGAGAAGUUAGUUAUCUCAUAUCAUUCCCUUCAAUCUUUCUGUCUCUUUUCUACUGUCAUAAUUAUUAUCAUUAUCUAUGUGCUGGGUUUUUUUUCAACUUUGUUCAUUUCUCGUUUAAGACAUUAUAAUUGUCAUAGUUGAAUUCACGAGUCGAUCUAAACUAGAAUACCACUAAAAACCUGGAAACAUUGAGUGGCCGAUCCAUAUCGGGUGUGAGACAGUUAUCCAUGGAUCGAUUGAAGUCAAACACUCACACCGUUUGAUACCAGUCCAGUGGUUUAGAGGUUAAACGUUAGCGCGUUAGACCAAAAGUGAUGAUUUCGAGUCUCACAUGCGAGAUGGUGGAUGUGCAUUUCUCAACAGUCUUAUAUUAGGAUAAAACGGCUGUCUAGUGCUUCCAGAUUUUCAAUGGUUGUCUAGCUUAGAUUGGCUCGUGAUUUCAACUGCGAAAAUACUACAAUCUCCACAAAUCCCUAUACUGACCCUGUAAUUGCUUCAUUUUAUCAUAUACUUUACUUUUCUCUUGUAAAACUAAAUUCAUGUAAGUGGGAUGAAACUAUAAUGAAUGUGACUUUAAUACUCAUCAAUCAAUUCCAUUCAGCCUAACCACAGAAUUUAUCACUAAAAAUAUGGUAAACUUCUUUAGUUCUAUAUAGUUUAUCAGAAAAAUGCUUGUGAGCAUUAUUGUUUUCUUUACAAAGUUAAUUAUAAAUAAAAUGGUUCUUCGGAUUCAUUAACCACUCAAGAUGGGUUGUUUUUCCAAUCAUUUUUUUAUAAAUGUUGUUCAAGAGUUUAAAAGAAAUUAGUUUAAAUAUGGAUUUUAAAGUAUUACAUUGUGUAAACACUUGAUGACCAUCUGAUAAUAACCAAUGUUUUGUUGUAUGAUCUUUGGUAUUGAUUGAAUUCUAUUAAACGAUCUGUAAUACAGUUACAAGUCUACGCUUCCAAAUUCCCUGGUAUGGCUAAGAGUGGGUAGAGUCAUCUCUCCCUCUUCAAUGGCUCUCACAUGGCCACGCGUAUACAGCCACUGUCAGGGAAGUUCUACUCACUGCAUUCUCGCGGCAUUACUGUUGUUUACGAAAUUUAGAGGACGAAAACCGAAUGUUCGGCACUUUAGCAGGGUUGGUGGAUAUGGACAGUCCACCUAGGGGAGUUGGAAAACCCUCAUUCAAAACCAGUGGUGUACAUGGUCUCCAGUAUCCUGAAGGAAAAAUGAAGUAUGAACCAAUUGUUGGUUACUAGCUACCAUGAGACUGCAUCUCUUAACGUUGCUCCACUGCCUUGUGGAUUAGGCAUUGAGGUCGAAGGCCCUCCUAAGAAAAGCACUUGCUUUGGUUUGGGAACCCUGGCAGUAUCAUAGCCCACAUACAAGUCAAGUGACUUGUGUGGUGCAUAUGUAUCCGGUGCCCCUCCCUGCUAAUAUUUAUAUGUUUAAAUAAUAAUAAUAAUAAAUAAUAAUAAUAAUAAUAAUAAUAAUAAUAAUAAACUUGGUAAGGCGGUGUGAUGAAUGAGGUAUGUUCGCAUCUCACACCGGGAUUAUCAGUCCCCUCAAGAUUAGAUAGAUACUUUGCUAAUGAGUGCUAAAUAGACCAAGGCUUUAGUUCAUCAAUUCUCUUUGAUGAUGUUCAGUUACUUAACACUUAAAAGUGUUAGGUUUAAUUCAUUGAAUACUUAUUCACUACUGAUUUUAUUUGGUGUAAAACCUUAGACUUAUAUUUUUAACAAAGUUCUGUGGAUCCAUAGUCAUGAAUAGACAAAAAAGGUACUAGAUGAAUUAAAGUGGAAUGUACCAUAAAACAGUCCUUAUUAGCUACUUUAAGCUUUGAAUAUAAAGUCAUUGAUGAUUGUGUUUGGUAUGACAAAAUAAAGUCUUCCAUAUUAUUUUAGUAGUUUGGUACAAUCCGAUCUAAUGCUGACUGUUUCAAAUUCUAAGGUAUCGUUGAGUAAACUAUUGGGCUAUUAUGAAGUUUUAAAUAAUUAAACAUUUCCUUUUAUUCCGCCUUAGUAUAGAUUAUUUGGGGGUGAGACUAUAAUUUAUGGACGACCUUUGAGCUAAGCUAGACUGACCUUGAGAGUGUCCACCUAAUAUCUAAGACCAAAUGAAGGUUCUCAACCUGUUUGAGAAAUUAGAAUUAUGUUUUACAGCAGAUGAUUAAGGUUAGGAACUAGAUUUUGGGUUUUCAUCACGAACUGACAUCAGCUAUAAUGCGAAAACUCUAUUUAGCCAAAUGGUUGAGUGAAUUUCGCGCCAAUAUCCGAGGCCCAUUACCUUAUAUCUUACUGGUUCAUUCAUAAAUUAUAGUCUCGCCUAUUUAGGUUUUACUCAUGAUGGGUGGGCGAGAAUGAUAAUGAUUGGUUGUCUACUUAGUCAGACAUGUAGAUAGUUUGAUAGGUGUCAGAUGAGUUAUAUAUUCCCCCAUCCUUAUUAUUAUUAUUAUUAUUAUUACUCACCCAUUAUUGAUUGUUCAUUGUUGUUGGAUUGUGUCGGGUUUUUAGUGUAGAAACAUAUCUACGUUCUAGCCAGGUUAACCACGUAUUCUUGAUCUGAGUUGUGUUGAAAUCCUGUAGAAUAGACACUGGGAGGGAAUCUAGUGUAGAUAAUUGUUUAAGGUAAAUUAACGUCCCAUAGGUGUAAACGUGGAAAACUAACCGUUAUAACAAUUAGCGACGAGGUAAAAAAAGUUCUAAACCCUCAAUCUACAAAAUAAAAAAUCAAGAUCAGCCUAUAAUUAGACGAAAUUUAGUGUAAUUAUUUCGAGCAAUCAGCAUCCAGAUUUGUCAUCGGUGUCCUGGAACGACAUUGGUUGUUAAUUCGUCAUGCAGUAUUUUUCAUUACCGUGCUGAUUCAGAAAAUGGCUAUCUCUUCCGAUCGAUUACAGCUGGUAUUUGAGCGUCAGUUAGAGUUCUUAGUCAAAUUACGCACACAGCUGCUGAAUCAUCUAUGCUUUGGAGAUGAGACAGAAGUGGCUGGAUUAAUUUCUCGAUUGCGCACAGAGCUGGAAAAUGAUUGCAGCCUCCAUGAAUCCUUGACAAACCGUAAUUUAAACGAAACUGCAGUCAUUCAAGAUCCGCCCAGUGGUCCAGUACUGUCAAUUUUAGAGGCAUGCCUGGUAGUGGGUUUAAACCCCAUUAUCCUCGAAACAGUAUGUGCAAACAGUGAAUUGUCCAGCUCACAAAAAGACGAUACCCUGUUAAACGUUCAUGAAAUUGUCUCAGUAAUCACCCACAAAGAAACAGAAAACAUAUCGAGCAGUACACUGAAUACAGCUGCACCAGAUGGAGCUCAUCAUUCUGCGAUAGAGGUUUCUCGGGAAUCUAAUUAUCGAGAUUCUCUAGUUUUACCAGAUAUGAAUUAUCUUGAUGACGCACAUGUUCUUGAUAAAAAUUCUUAUAAAAAUGAGGAAAAUAUGUCAGAUGCAUCAAAUGACAAUCAAGAACCUAAUGCAGUUUUGAUGGAUGAUGAUUAUCAUAGUGAUCCACUAUCUACUAAUGAGAUUCUCAAUAAAUUUGAGGAAGCUGUUUCAGAAGAAUCAAACUUUGGUGACCUCAUAUAAAGUGUUGUUGAUCCUCACCAUUUAAUCACUUUUAGUGGAUUCUCUGUUCAAUGCGACAAAUAUGUUUUAAAUAAAGUCAAAUUAAUUGUAACUUGGGAAUAUGAGGAUCGAAUACUAUUUUGGAGGGGGAGGAUAAACCCGGAAAAUUUGAAAUCCGAAUAUCAACUCCGCAUCUUCAAAAAAAGGGAGGUGUUAUGUCACGAUAAACAUAAUGAAUGAUAACUUUGGGGAUUCAUUUGUGGACCAAUACUAAGCGUAUAUUUUUAUCGUGUAAUUGUUAAGUAACUAAACUAUUAAUAUUCAUGUCACUUUUAUUAUGAGCUUUAUUUUGACCUGUGAACUAUUAUCAUACGAUUUACCAUUCCUGAGUUAUUCCCAGUCUAUCAGUUUCUGUCUCCCUUUUUCACAGCCACAUUUGGCUAAAUCUUGUACAAGUGUUGUUUCCUAUUUUAUGGUACGGUGUGGUCUGUUUGAUUGGUAUAUAAACUCAGUAUGUUUAAAAUAAAUGAUUCAUAUCACAAAGGCUGAGACUGGUGUUCUGGACUUAACAAGCAGGGCUAGGUGGGAAGCAAUACCGAUAAGGACUCUAGACUGCUCGUUGAUGUUUUAUGCGUCAUUGGUCCGAUCGAUAAUUCACUGUUCUCUAAUUGGUGGUAUCAUUACGUUAUACAUUGAUAGGGGCACAAGAUAUAACAACUUAUCAACUGAAGAGCUUGGAUUCUAACUCGGUUUGAAUGGUAGGACGUUGUCAUCAAUUUUUAUACAGAAACAUGUAGUUCGAAACCCGAUACACAAACAUGUGAUUGCAAAAUAAGUUAAAUUAAUAUUACCUAUUUACAAUGGGUCCAUAAUUGUAGCAGAAGUAAUCUAUUCAAAACAGAACAAUAAUAAUAGUAUAUAACACCCCUCAAAUCAUUUAAUGAGUAUGCAUUUUCAUAGAUUUCAUAAGACCCAUCAAAAAAUCACAUCUCUGUUUUAGACCAGGACAUAUAAUGUGAGUUAGCGAGUGUGUAUUCUUUGAGCACUUCAGAAUUGCAAGAUAUAUUGUUAACUGAGUGGAUAAUUAAAGACAAAACUCCAGGUUAACAUUUAAGGGAUCAACAAUUUUAGUAGUUGACAAAAUAUCAUCAAUGUUAUUAAAUUAAUGAACAUGCCCAAGUUCGAUUAACACUACAAAAGUAGAAAGUAUUGAACAUAUAUUUCACCCUAGUAUGGAACCAUUCAGCUGUGCAGAUUCACAACCCCAUUGGUGAUAGGACCCAGGACCUUCAUAUCACAAUAGGCACUUAUCCAAC